AUGUCGCAACAAGGCUAUCGGAAACCGCUGCUUCUGGCCUUGGCCGGGACAGUAGUCCUUACAGCCGCUGCCUAUGCAUACGGCCAUUACUUCCACCAUUCCAAAGCACAAUCACAGCGAACGACUGCCCUGCACCGUAGCAAUGCGAUCCGUCGUCCCAGGCAUAGGAGGCGCUGGCGUCAUGGAUUUGAGCACACCACUCUCGAUUACGAUCCCACCGAGCGAGCUAUCGGUCACUUGGAAGAGCGAAAUGAGCGAAGAGAGGGCUAUGGAGAAUACCAGAAUAAAUGGUUCUUCCCACUUCCGGAGGACUCGCAGGAAGUGGACUUGACGCUUGUUCCCUGCAACUUAAGAUCCAUCUAUGUCUAUUUGUUACAGCACUCACCAGCGCCAUUGUCGCCAUAUCAACAAGACUGUCUGCGGCUGCACAUUCACGGCGUCUUCACUCAGAAUUUCCUCCGCGAAGAGUUUCCGGAGGGUUAUAUCAUUGGUGACGAUGCUUACAAUGUGGCGCGGGGAUUGGAGCUCCUGGAUGUGGCGGAGGAAAUUGUGUUUGAGGUAGUCAAGGCCUUUGACGAGGGCGAGUUCCACCUGAGCGAGGAAUGGAGCCCUUUGGACGCUCCUAUUCAAAGCCCUCGGAUUCCGGCCGCGGCGACUGAUGGCGCAGCGGAAGAUUUUGCUCCUCAGGAUGCGCUGGAUGCAUUGGCCAAUCCGACCCGAGAGGAUGAUAACGAGAGUGAAUUCUCGUACCGCAACAAUAACAGCAGCAAUUAUGACGAUGACCCUGAAGGAAGCCAGAAUAUGCUUGACCUCCUCUACCAUGUUGCUGGUGAGCAGGCCCGGAGGGAGGGGUACAUUCAUCGUGGUGUGGAAUGCAACAGCUGUGGCGUGCACCCAAUACAGGGCAUACGCUAUCAUUGUGCCAAUUGCUUCGACUUCGAUCUAUGUGAAAGCUGUGAGGCAACCUCAACGCACACCAAAAGCCAUGUGUUUUUCAAGAUCAGGAUACCAGCUCCCUCCCGAGGAAACAUUAAGGAAGUGAUUCCGACGUGGUAUCCAGGGAAACCGAACCUGUUCCCUACAUCCCUGCCUAAGGAUAUAUCCAGACCCUUGUUGGAGCAGACUGGAAUGGAUCGCACGGAAAUGGAUGCACUGUAUGAGCAGUUCAAGUGCCUCGCCGGUAAUUUCUACCCCACCGAUCCGAUUGGGUUGGGCAUGGCCAUUGAUCGAAAAGCCUUCGAUGCAUACUUCAUCCCUUCCACGGCCGACAGACCUGCGCCCACCAACUUGAUCUACGACCGCAUAUUUGCAUUCUACGACACGAACAAUGAUGGUCUUAUCGGCUUUGAUGAAUACGUACGUGGACUUGCGCGGUUGCAGGAUAAAUCACGCUAUGCGCGCCUCAUGCGAAUAUUCGACGGCUAUGACCUUGACGCUGAUGGUUACGUCGAUCGUAAGGAUUUCCUCCGCAUAUUCCGUGCGUAUUUUGCCCUUAGCAAGGAGUUGGGUCGCGAGAUGAUCAACGAGCAAGAAGACUUUGGUUAUGUGGAGGAAGAACUCAGAGAUGUCGUUCGAGGAAGCCAACCGAUUAGUGCUGCGUUCGGCGGAGGGACACUCUAUGGCCACGAGUCUCGCACCGGCCAGGACAAGCAGCGUCAAGCCAACGGAGAUCUCGAAUUGUCUCCUGGCUCUGCCGGCGUGUUACAGCCUGAUAGUGACAUGCAAGGGGAUCGUGAGCGGGCGAUCGGUAAUGUGGCUAUGAAUAAUCGGACGAGGAACAACCCUUUCCGAUCUUUCAGGACAGAGCCUGCUCAGGAUGAGCCCUUGAUGCUCCUUCCCAUAGGGAGCAAUUUCAACCAUGCUGCGAUAGUGGACAUGGAUGAUGCAACCGAGGAAGAACUUGCAGGACCAGACCCUCCACUACAGACAUAUGGCUGGCCGCCCAUCCUGACCCCGGAGCCCCAGGAUAUCGUCGAUGCACUGGGGCAAGAAGUGCCGCUCGAGGACAUCACUGAUCCAGUUGACCGAUCUAGAGUGCUUUUUGCACAGUCUCAACGUUUUGACAAUGAGGGUGACGAGGAAGAGAAAUCGCUAAGGGCGAGGGCCGUGGAAGAGCGGUGGCGGAGAAGACAGUUUUAUUUGGAUGAAGAGGAGGGCUUGACCAAACCUCCAGGGUACACAGAACCUGACAGCUCAGAUGAAGAAGCAACCGUCUCAAGGCCCAAGAAGUCCAGUCGUGUUACAGGAGCAAGACCAAGGAGGACUUCGAUACAGUCACGCUCCUCGUCCAAAGUGCGAUUUGAUGAUAGUGCCAUCGACACUGAUUAUGAAACACGGUCGAAUGCAUCCUCACGCAGCAUACCCAUCAACGAAAGAUGGGGUGGGUAUGAGCUUGGUCAACCAGAGGUAGAUGUUGGGAAGGACAUUCUCUAUCAGGCUGUCCAGCAAGGAUUCAAUGAGCUCUUGGACGCCCUUUUUAAGGAAAGGGAGGAUGAGUGCCUUGAGGCACAGUCCACGCGAGAUGAUCGCCAAAAAUUCCGCAAAGAAAUGGAGAAAUUCAAGGAGCGUCUUGAAACAGCCCAACAACAAGAGGAUGAGAAUUGGUUGAGAGAAGCCGACACGCUGAGAACGGAAGAGUUGUUGCAGAGCACGCAGACAUCCAGCCAUCCCGAGAGACGGAACGAAGCGUCAUCCGAGCAGGCAGCCUCGCCCGUGCCUGAUGCGGAGGACCACAUCGAGUUGAUGUUCGGAAACAGCGGCGCAACUGCAAACGAAAGCCGAGACGCAGAGCAACAGGCUGGGCAGUCGAAGGACCUUUUCGACCCUACCCUCCCACAGUUCCGCCCUGACGAGGUCGAAGUGUCCCACCCGGAACCACCAUCCGACCCCUUUUCUGGCGACCCGACCGAGGCGCGAGCCCUCUACGAUCUCUGGACGCGACAUGAUGAGAUCGAUCUUGAAGCGCAACAUCGGGGUGGGUAUGGUAAGCUCAGCUUUGCUGAGUUCCGCCGGAAGAUGGUGCCUGAAGACGAAAUAGGCAGGGCCUUGGGCACGAAGGGUAAAGAGAAUGGCGAGGAUGGUGACCAACGGACAUGGGAGAGCAGCGCCGACCUGGGCAGGCUGGCCUUUGUUGGCACAUGGCUCGAGAUGGCGAGCUUCUAA